AUGGGGCCCGAGAGGUGGUCGGAAGACAAGUCUAGGUGGAGCGCGCAAGUCAGUCAGGCGAGUGAUGGCUGGGGGUAUGGGGCAGAAAAGCAGCAGUUUGAGAGGUUGAGCACCACCACCACCGAAGGCCGAUUGUUGUUGCUGCAGGAGACGUCCCUCCAGCGGCAGAAGUUUGGGUGGGUGGUUGAGCGCCCCUCCACAACGGUUAAACCCGAUCUCCGUAAGAAGAAGGGUAAGCCCGAUCUCCAUAAGAAGGUCAUCAUCUUCUCACAGGUGCUGAAUGGGAAGGAUAUCUGCUUUCAAGUGAUGAAUGGUGGAGUCCCCUUGUUUUUGGGCACAAGCGUCUUACUGUCUUUGGCGUCCUUAUUCCCGAUGUUCAAAGGCAUGACGACUGAGUCAAAAUCAGAGAACUUGAUGUCAUCAGAUGUCGAGCUUUGGAAUGAGGUUUGCUAUGUUUGGUUUGGUGGCACUUGCUUUCACAAAGUUUGUGAAAGGCAAUGCUCUUGUGUGAUUUCAUCUCUUGGUGGUAUUGUAACAGCUAUCAAUGUGGUUAUGGACAAUGUUUUAAUAUGUGAAACCUGUGUAGAAUUUGAACAUUGA